AUGGAUCCUGUGCUCUGGGCUUGGGGCUCCAGUGAAGAAGUCAUGACUCGACUUGCCACGGGAUCUGGCUCGGUUUUGGUGAUUACAAAGUCUUUGAACCGCGAAGCUGUUGUCGCCAACUCGGUCCUCCUUGGGCCUCUGAUGAAGGAACAUGGAGCUGACGAUGGCUCCACCAGCUCCGAUGACUCGGACUCGACCGAGGACGACGAGUCUGAUGAAGAAUCUGAGAAUGAAGGUGAUGGUGGUGUGAGGGGUGCACCAGCUGCAGCAGAUGCUGCAAUGGAAGCAGAUGAUGUUAAAGAUGAUGACGAUGUGGAUUCUGACCUGGAGAAAGCCAUGACAUUGUCGAUGCAAAAGCUGCCGCCCCCGCCCCUCGAACUUCCUAUUGAGCCUCGGGUCCUGAAUCUUGCUGGUGCCGCAGCCUCUUCCGAGACUUCUGCAACGGAGAUCGUGACACCUUCGCCCAAGACUCGCGAGCUGCACGCAUUAGGUCAUGAGCCCGAGUCGCCGAAAUCGCCACAAUCCCUUUACAAGUCCUGGGGCUUACACUACACGGUCAAGGACACGAAGCUUGGGUACCUGUGUUUGAAUUGCAAUCGCAGUCAUAUGGACAUUGGUGUGUUCAAGCUAGAGAACUGUCCUGCCGGCCCUACGUGGAAGAAAGCCAAGCCUGAACCCACCUCUGCACCUCCACCUUUGAAGCUUGAAGCUGCAAAGCCCUGUAUCACAGCUGACGCAGAGAUUGCAGCUGCAUUGCAAUUGGAGCAAGCAGAGCUGGAGAGGCUCAACACGCUUCAGACACUCAUGGUGGAGCAACAGCAUUUGGAAGGCCUUCUUGCCCAGAUGCAGGGCAUGGAUGCUGUGGACACGUGCCCUAUGGAUAUUAUGGGUCUUGACUUUGCCCUUCCAGAGCCGCUGGUAUGUGCAACAAAGGGCUCUGAUGAAAGCGAGUCAAGACUGAUUGAGAGAAAGGCAGAGAUUUCAGCGGCUGAUGUUGCGGCUGCAUUGACCUGUGACCCUCUCGUGUCCGAGCCUGCUGCACCCGGGACCAUGCUGUUGGAAGACUGCCCCAUGGACCCUUCCAACAUGGAGUUCAUCUCUCCCGAGCAGCAGUCGGCAGGUCUCAGAGCAUUGCCGGAUGCUGAGGUUGAGGACACUGUUGCCCCCAAGAAAAAGCGUGGUGGGCGAAAGGGAAAGGGCAAAGGAAGGGGCAAGGGCCGGGGGAAGGGCAAGCGCCACGGUGGCCGCAAGGUGCUGAAGAAAUCGAAGGGUAAGACAAAGGCGAAGGCAAGUGCCCCAUCCGAGGCUGAGGACCGGGAUACGCUUAUGGAGCCUGGUGACAAUGAGUCAGGGCCUGACGACGCCACGGAGUACUAUGAUCCGGAUGCAAGAGCAAGCUCCGACUGCCCGCCCGGUGGCAAGAGAUCUGCUAAGAAGAAUAACAAGGGGCGGCCGAGAGCCAAAGCCGGUGCCAAGGCAUCGGCCAAGGCCAAGGAAGCCAAGUGCAAGGCCAAAUGCAAGGCCAAGGCCAAAGCAAAAGCAAGAGCAGCAGCAAAGGGCAAUGACAAGGUGGAGAAAGCAACAGCAAAAGCCAAAGCGAAGACCAAGGCAAAAGGAGCAGCCAAGGGGCACACGGAGGAUGCAGACAAGGAUGAGGGGGCCCCGAAGCCGAAGCAAGCCAAGCUGACCACGGAGCAGAAGCAAGCGAAAAGCAGGAAAAGUGCUGCAUAUCACCAUGCCCGCAAAGCAGCCCUUGAAGAGGGAAAGACCGAGGAGGAGGCUAAGCUGAUUGCCCAGGCUGUUUUUCCUAUUGCAAUUAGCAAAUUUCUUGGGCACUGUGCAUGUGAAUGUGUGUUGUGGUCCCUAGUGUCGUGCUUGUUUGUGCGAAUGUAUAUAUGUUGCAUGUGA